GCAUCAGUGAGAAGAAACUGAGUGGAGAGUUUCAGGACAUUUCUAAACAAGAUGAAAGCUCUUCUCCUGCUCUCUGCCAUCCUGGCAAUAACUGCUUGUCUCCCGGUGCCUGAGGACCGGGAACGAGAAAAACGAAGUGCCAGUGACAGUGAUGAGUUACCUGUACGGUUUCCUUUUCCCCCAUUCCGGCCUCCAUUUGAUGGAUUCUUCCCAUUCUUCAAUCAAGGCAACCCUUGGUAUUAUUAUUAUUAUAAUCCUUUUCUUGUGCCCAUCACUCCCCCUACAACUCGAACUCCUUAACACCAAAUGAAAGAAAAGUCACACCGUGGUUUACUUAAGG